GUUAUGGAAUUAAAAAGGAGAUAAUUUUUUCUGGCGGGACCACUUCCUAAAAUAAAUUGCGAACAGAAAAAUAUUACACUCAUCAACGGAUUCCUAACUGUCAUAAGUCAGCAAUUCACCUUUUCUGGGAGCUACAUUCUUUGCAAAUUUCUUUUCAGUUUUCCUCGCUAAAUUUUACAGGAGAAGAAAACAAUGGCCGAAAUCAACAAGAGCAAAUAUGAUCGGCAACUAAGGAUAUGGGGAGAACAGGGACAAUCAGCUCUUGAGAGAGCAAGGGUUUGUUUGCUGAAUUGUGGCCCCACAGGCUCAGAAACAUUGAAAAAUCUUGUUUUAGGAGGUGUAGGAAGUGUCAUGGUUGUUGAUGGCUCAAAAGUGGAAGUGGCAGACCUUGGAAACAAUUUCUUGGUUGACAAUAAUAGCAUUGGCCAAUCGAGGGCAAAGUGUGUGUGUACAUUUCUGCGAGAGCUAAAUGAUGCUGUUGGAGCUAAGUUUGUGGAAGAGCCACCCGAGGCUUUACUUGAGAGAGAUCCUUCCUUCUUCUCGCAAUUCACUCUGAUUAUAGCAACACAGCUCCCAGAAAAUGCACUUUUGAAAUUGGAUAGAAUAUGCAGGCAACAGAAUGGGAUUCUUAUAAUUGCACGUUCUUAUGGACUCACUGGUCUAGUUCGGAUUAGCUUGAAGGAGCAUGAUGUAGUUGAGUCCAAGCCAGUGCAUUUUGCUAGUGAUCUCAGACUCCAUAAACCAUGGCCUGAACUUAAAAGGUUUGUGGAUGGAUUUAAUAUCCAUAUAGAGGAUCCUGUUAUACACAAAAAUAUACCCUAUGUUGUGAUUCUUGUAAAGUUGGCUGAAGAGUGGAAACAUAUGCAUAAUGGCUUGCUACCAGUAAAACGAGAGGAGCAGAAACAAUUUACGGAUAAUUUAAUAAACAAGAUGAUCUCAUUGGAUGAGGACAAUUAUAAAGAAGCUAGGAAAGCAUCGUUUGAAGUCUGGGCCUCUUCUGGAAUAAGUUCACAUCUUCGUUGUAUUAUUAAUGACAGCUCAGCUGAAGUAAGCUCUAAUUCAUCUGACUUUUGGGUGCUGGUAGCAGCUUUGAAGGAAUUUGUUGCAAAUGAAGGCGAGGGGGAGGUUCCACUUGAGGGAUCGAUUCCUGAUAUGACCUCCUUAACAGAGUAUUAUGUAGACUUGCAAAAGGUUUAUCAAGCAAAGGCUGAAGCAGAUUCCAUUGCUGUUGAAUCUAGAGUUAGAACCAUCCUAAAGAAUAUUGGAAGGGAUCCUGAUUCCAUUCCAAAUGCUGCCAUUAAAAACUUCUGCAAAAAUGCAAAAAAAUUAAGAGUUUGUCGCUACCGCAGUUUGGAGGAUGAAUUCAAAGCUCCUGUUUCAACUGAGCUACAAAAAUAUUUAGGUGAUGAAAAUUACAGUGGUGCUGUGGGCUUUUACAUUCUUCUUCGAGCAGUGGAUCACUUUGCAACAGCAUACAAUAGAUACCCUGGAGUAUUUGAUGGACUUUUGAGGAUAGAACUUUUGACUUAUAUCUCGCUUCUUGUUCAUAGUGAAGUUGUUGGAAGACCGCGAAUAGAGGAGAUGGACGAGGAUGUUUCAAGGUUAAAAACUAUUGCUGUUGGACUCCUAAAUGACAUGGGAUGUAAUGGUGCUAAAUUAUCAGAAGAUCUCAUUAGUGAGAUGUGUCGAUUUGGAGCUUCUGAGAUCCACAGUGUUGCUGCAUUUGUGGGCGGUGUUGCAUCACAGGAAGCUAUCAAGCUAAUUACAAAGCAAUUCGUUCCUCUUACUGCGACAUUUGUGUUUAAUGGUAUUGACCACAAGUCCCAACAGCUUCGGCUGUAAGGAUAUUUAGUAGACCAUUCGGUAUUGGUCUUGCAAAGAGCUGAGAAUGAAAUUUCUGAGCACAAAGGUUGACAGCAAUAGGCCGUACAAAUGGGACAUUCUGCAGCAAGUGAUAUCUUUCUUGUCAUGUGAACUUUAUUCAAGAUAUAGAAGAAGCGUCUAAGAUGCUGUUAUAGAAGGGUUUCUCAGGUUAGGAUUAGAGUUGGCUGUAGCUUGAAGGUUUUACACUUAGUUUGAUGACUCUUUAUGAUAGUUGCUGUGGCACUGCCAUCAGUACUUUAUGAGCAUUUCCACGAAUGUGCUUAUGCUCGUCAGCCAGCAAACUUUGGUUGUAUCAAUGCCUGUUAGUUUUUCUUGCUGCAACAAUGUAAAAUGUUAUACGUGGAUAAACUUAAUUCUAUACAGCUGAAUUUUGUACUUU